AUGGAUGAUCAAAAAACAAAAACUACAGACAAUUCUACAAGGAAACAAAUCAUUUCCAGUCAGCCCACCUACUUCAUAGUCCAUGCUACUGGACAAACACCUCUAUCAAAAUGUUCUCAUUUUCUGAUCCAGAAGCUGUUUGAAUCUACAGUUGGAAAUUUGAAAAAAAUACAAAAAUUGAGACACUCGGGAGAUAUAGAAGUAACUGUCACCCCACAUGGAAGUCUAAACUCAUCACGUGGUGUGAUAUCAGAGAUCGAUCUGAUAUCUGAAGAUGAAUCAGAUAUUCAGAUCAGCCUUUCUGAUCAAGGUGUAACUGCCAUUCGACGCAUCUCCAUUCGUCGAGAUGACAAGAUAUUCGCGCUGUCCAGUCUGCCCCUACGUUCCAAAUCCGCUGCGUUGCUUCAAAUGCCAGCGGUUUGGACAUUCACAGACAUCCUGCCAAGGCAAAAGCGUAUGCGCACAGUGUGGGAUGAAGACCACGUUAGUACUGAAUGUAAAAGUACCCCAUGCUGUGUGAACUGUAGAGAUGCCCAUCCUUCCUACUCUCGGAAAUGCCCUGCAUGGCAGAGAGAAAAAGAGGUUCAACGGUUAAAAACCAUAAAUAAUAUAUCAUACACAGAGGCCCGUUGUAUGGUCACUCCAAGUCCACCAAUGAAACAAAAAACCUUUGCUGUUGUGUUGAAAUCUACCAAGACAUGUGGGGUUCAAACAGAUAUUUCUGUAUCCCCAAGUGAAUCUCUUACUUGCCAUGCAAAAUGUUUAUUGAUCCCAUCUGCACAAUUAGAAGAAAAGGAGAACACAAAGACCAAAACCUUUGUAACUAAAAUGGGAGUAACAACCAGAAAUGUGGGUUCUAAAAAAGCCAGUAAGAACCCACUUAACAAACAGAGUGAAAGCAGCCGUCUCUAA